AUGGCUGCAUCGAUUCUCGCUGCGCGGGCAGCAACCCGUGGUCCGUGGUUCGCGCGUCAGUUGCGGUCAUGGACACGGAAGUUUAUUGAGAACCGGUCAGACUUACCCAUCAAUCGCUAUGGCACGUGGAGCAGUAGUCGCAUCCGGGACGAAGACUUUGCGCAAGAGGUUCAGCUGCAUCUUCAAGGUGUCGGGAAAUAUGUGAAGGCCAUGGACAUUGUGUAUUACCUUGAUCGCACGGAGGUGAAAGCACGUCUCGGCCUCAAACGGACCGUCUCACAUGCAACAGCCAAGCGAUGGAUGCAGGUUCUGGGUUACCGCUGGACAAAGGCCCCGCGAGGGCAGUACGUCGACGGUCAUGAGCGUAAAGACGUGGUGCAGUAUCGCCAAGAGGUCUUUCUUCCUCGUAUGGCGGCUUUGGAAGCACGGAUGCUCACCUGGUCAAAGGAGGGUGAUGAAGAAUAUGGACCGCACCUCGAGCCCAAGGAUGUUGUGAUGUGGAAGCAGGACGAGUCGCAGUUCUACGCACAUGACCGUCGCAAACUGCGCUGGGUUCACCAAUCAGAAACCGCAACACCGGAGCAGAAGGGGGAAGGCGCAUCUUUGAUGGUUUCCGACUUCAUCUCGGCUGACUAUGGCUGGCUACGGUCACCUGAUGGCACAGACGCAGAGGAGGCCCGCGUCUUGUUCAAAGCUGGUGUGGGGAGGGAUGGGUACUACACAAGCAGCCACUUCGUCAAGCAGAUGGAGCAUGCAAUAAGCAUCGCGCAGAAAAAAUGGCCCGAUAAGAAGCACGUCUUUGUGGUUGAUAAUGCAAAAACACAUUUGAAGCGGCCAGAUGGUUCUCUAUCCGCCCUCAAGAUGCCGAAGAAGAUUCCAAAGGAUGGUGCUUGGCUUGUCGAGGUUCAAGUUACAGACGCCGAUGGCCGUACGGUGUAUGGGCCAGACCGGAAACCGCUAAAGAAGAAGAUCAAGAUGACGAAGGGGCAAUUUGUGAACGCGGACGGUGUCCUUGUCGAGCAGGACCUGUAUUUUGGCGAUGGAGAUCCGCGGGGGCCUCCUGGUGCAUUCAAAGGCAUGGCGUACAUCCUUGAAGAGCGCGGAUUUCACAACGCCCAUCAAAUGCGCGCGCAGUGUAAGAAGAAGUUCGACGAUUGCCUUCCAGGUGCGGUGGAAUGUUGCUGUCGGCGUACACUGUAUAAUCAGCCAGACUUUGCAUAUGUGAAGUCUGAGCUCGAGCUGCUGUGCAACCGCAGAGGUGUUGAGCUUGUUGUUCUCCCGAAAUUUCACCCCGAGCUCAACUUCAUUGAGCAGGUGUGGGGAUACUCAAAGAGGGUAUACCGUAUGUACCCGCCGUCUUCGAUUGAAGCUGAUCUCGAGCGCAAUCUCCUCUCUGCGCUCGAGUCUGUUCCACUCAAGGUCAUGCGGCGCUAUCAUAAUCGAUCUCUACGGUUCGCUGACGCAUAUCGCAAAGGUUUGAAUGGUUCACAGGCUGCUUGGGCAAACAAGAAGUAUCAUGGACACCGUCUCAUUCCUGACACUAUACUACGACACUUCGAUAUAGAUACUACCACUAAUCUCCUUUGA